AUGCCCCUCGACGAAGAAGGCGCCAAGUGGUCCUGUGAACCAUGCAUUCGCGGCCAUCGAUCCUCAAAAUGCCAGCACUUCGACCGACUCAUGAUGAAAGUUCCCAAGGCUGGCCGCCCACUAGCCAAGUGCCCUCAUCCCAAGGGAACCUGCAGCUGUCAGAAGACGUACGCAGUCAUGGUCCGGAUCCCCAAAGGCUCGACUUGUCUAUGCCGCCCCCUCUACGAGGUUCCCGUGGGUGUCAACGAGUCGGCCAAGUCUCCCGCCCCGGUGUCGUCUCCGGCCAGCAAAGUUCAAAAGCCGGGAAGAAGACAGAGUAAUAUACAAGCAGCACCCGAAAGCAUAGCAAAGGCAUUAGAUGCCAUGCCUCCGAAUCUGAAAUUCGAAAAUGGGACGCCAAGCUAUCAACCGGGCUUUUCCGGUCAAGAUAACUCUCACGCGGCCACCCCAAAUCACAACAACCAACCUUCACCCCCAUCGCAGGAAUCGGUCGAAGGUGAUAUGCAGCCACCGAAAGCUAGCUGCUGUUCUCAAAAGCUCCAAGAACCAAACCCGACUCAGAAUGGAGGAUCUUGCUGUGGGAGCUCCACUGUAUCUUCGAAAAAUACCUCGGUCUCGAAUUCGGAAGAACAGAAGCCCACUCAACCCACCUGGAAUGACAUGUCUCACAUGCAAUUUUCAGCGCCACAAAUUCCAUGGCAGAGUCCUCCGGUCCACACCAAUGGGCAAUUCAUGCAACCAUACGGUCAAGCUGCGCCUGCAUUUUAUAUGAAUGGUUACACGCAAAAUGUGUCAUCAUCGCCGUCUAUGGUGUACCCGGGUCAGAUGAACGGGCUUGGGAUUACACAACCUCCCAUGGGAUCAUUUCAAUCAAACCACACACCGAAUCCGACCUUUCCACCAUCCACGGCACUUGGCGGCGACUGUCAUGAUUGCCACUGUGGAGACGACUGUCAAUGUUUGGGAUGUGCCACCCAUCCGUUCAACAACACGACUCGUCAACAUGUCCAGGAAAUGGGAGUGAUGAUUACCUCCAACGGUGACGAUCAGAACCCGGAUGCCACUGCCAAUGCGUACCACUCGCCCUUCCCGGGAAGCACCGCCGCAUCCCCAUUGAACUUUUUCGUGCCCAACACCCCCUCGUUGGACCAACAUGCCAUCGAUACCUACGCAGAUCCUAGAUCAAACCUACCAAGCGGCUAUUCUUCUCCUCUGUCGGCUGGACAAACACUCAACCAGCAGCUGAUGCACCCUUCCGAGUACUACACACUCGAGUACCCCGUGGGCCUGCCAAGUACUUGUUCCGACGUCACGGGCAGCUGCCAAUGUGGCAGCGACUGCAGCUGCAUCGGUUGCCUCACGCAUAGCGGCCACAACGGCGUCCCUCUGGAUGCACCCAUCCCCGAAUCUUCCGUGGCGGAGCCCGCACGACAGGAAAGCUCAUCCCAUGCCCCGCCCCAGACGAGUUCAGCCCCGUCCCACACAUAUCGAAUCCCCGUGUUGGAAAAUGUCUCAGUGCCAUGCAUGAGUCCGCAGACCUUGGAGACAUCCAUAAUCUGA